CAACUCUCCAUCCAGCUGUCUAUAACACAGGCAACCAUGGCUGAAGGAGGAGAAGGAGAAGAUGAAAUCCAGUUCUUACGAACUGCUGACGAGGUUGUACUGCAGUGUUCUGCGACCAUCCACAAAGAACAGCAGAAGCUCUGUCUGGCUGCAGAGGGCUUUGGCAACAGACUUUGCUUUCUGGAGUCCACCUCAAAUUCCAAGAAUGUCCCUCCAGAUCUCUCGAUCUGCACCUUUGUGCUGGAGCAGUCUCUCUCCGUGCGGGCCCUUCAGGAGAUGCUGGCCAACACUGAAGAGAAGGCAGAAGGGAAAUUUAUGAUGAAGACCGCACAUGGGGGAGGUCACCGCACUCUUCUCUAUGGGCACGCUGUCCUGCUCAGGCACUCGUACAGUGGAAUGUAUCUGUGUUGUUUGUCUACUUCACGCUCUUCAACUGACAAACUGGCAUUCGACGUGGGCUUGCAGGAAGAUACGACAGGGGAGCCCUGCUGGUGGACAAUACACCCUGCUUCCAAACAGAGGUCCGAAGGUGAAAAGGUUCGAGCUGGAGAUGACCUAAUCUUAGUCAGUGUUUCUUCAGAAAGGUAUCUGCAUUUAUCUUAUGGGAACGGCAGCCUGCACGUUGAUGCUGCCUUCCAGCAAACCCUCUGGAGCGUGGCGCCAAUUUGCUCUGGGAGUGAAGUCGCACAAGGUUACCUCAUUGGAGGUGACGUGCUGAGGUUAUUGCACGGUCACAUGGACGAGUGUUUGACUGUACCUUCAGGAGAACAUGGGGAAGAGCAACGAAGGACGGUCCAUUAUGAAGGCGGAGCUGUGUCUAUUCACGCUCGAUCUCUCUGGAGGUUGGAGACUCUGCGAGUUGCGUGGGGUGGAAGCCAUAUCAGAUGGGGACAGCCGUUCCGGCUGAGGCACGUCACCACAGGGAAAUAUUUGAGCCUGUUGGAUGACAAAAGCCUUCUUCUCAUGGACAAAGAAAAAGCAGAUGUGAAAUCCACAGCAUUCUGCUAUCGGUCUUCCAAGGAAAAAUUGGAUUUGGGGAUAAAGAAGGAAAUGGAUGGGAUGGGAGUACCAGAGAUAAAGUAUGGAGAUUCGGUGUGCUACAUCCAACAUGUGGACACCUGCCUAUGGCUCACCUACCAGUCAGUGGAUGCUAAAUCUGUACGGAUGGGAGCUGUGCAGCGCAAGGCUAUAAUGCAUCAUGAAGGUCACAUGGAUGACGGGUUAACACUGUCCAGAUCCCAACAUGAGGAGUCCCGGACAGCCCGGGUCAUUCGUAGCACUGUCUUCCUUUUCAACAGAUUCAUCAGGGGUCUUGAUGCUCUGAGCAAGAAAGGAAAAUCAUCCAGCAUAGAUUUGCCAAUCGAGUCAGUCAACCUGAGUCUGCAGGACUUAAUUGGCUAUUUCCAACCACCCGAUGAGCAUCUAGAGCAUGAAGACAAACAGAACAGGCUACGAGCGUUAAAGAACCGACAGAAUCUCUUCCAGGAAGAGGGUAUGAUUAACCUGGUUCUUGAAUGCAUCGACCACCUACAUGUGUACAGCAGUGCUGCUCAUUUUGCUGAUGUAGCUGGAAAAGAAGCAGGAGAGGCCUGGAAGUCUAUACUAAACUCAUUAUAUGAGUUACUGGCUGCCCUGAUAAGAGGAAAUCGCAAAAACUGUGCUCAAUUCUCAAGCUCUCUCGACUGGUUAAUCAGCCGGCUGGAGAGAUUAGAAGCAUCCUCUGGGAUUCUGGAAGUUUUACACUGUGUACUUGUGGAAAGUCCUGAAGCUCUCAAUAUUAUCAAAGAAGGCCAUAUAAAAUCUAUAAUUUCUCUUCUUGAUAAACAUGGGAGAAAUCACAAGGUUUUGGAUGUAUUAUGUUCCCUGUGUGUGUGCCAUGGUGUAGCUGUGCGUUCCAACCAGCAUCUCAUCUGUGACAACUUACUGCCAGGAAGGGAUCUGUUGUUGCAGACACGUCUUGUCAAUCAUGUUAGCAGCAUGCGGCCAAAUAUCUUCCUGGGAAUCAGUGAAGGCUCUGCCCAGUACAGAAAGUGGUACUAUGAACUAAUAGUGGAUCAUGUGGAAACCUUCGUAACAGCAGAGGCCACUCACCUGCGAAUAGGCUGGGCCUCCACAGACGGGUAUUCUCCAUAUCCAGGGGGCGGGGAAGGCUGGGGCGGCAAUGGCGUUGGAGACGAUCUUUACUCCUACGGGUUUGACGGUCUGCACCUGUGGUCAGGCUGCAUUGCCCGGACAGUAAACUCACCCAAUCAGCACCUUCUCAGAGUCGAUGAUGUGGUCAGCUGCUGCCUGGACAUGAGUGCCCCGAGUAUCUCGUUCCGGAUCAAUGGGCAGCCUGUUCAAGGCAUGUUCGAGAAUUUCAACUCAGAAGGCCUCUUUUUCCCUGUUGCCAGCUUCUCUGCUGGAGUAAAAGUACGCUUCCUGCUGGGAGGUCGCCACGGGGAAUUCAAGUUUCUGCCUCCUCCUGGUUACGCUCCCUGCUUCGAAGCCCUGCUGCCCCGAGAGAAGAUGAGACUGGAACCCAGCAGGGUAUACACACUAGACCACAAUGGCACGCGGGACUUGCUGGGGCCGACCAUUAGCCUCACACUAGCUGCCUUCACACCCACGCCCGUGGACACAAGUCAGAUUGUAUUGCCACCUCACUUGGAUCGAAUUCGUGAAAAACUGGCGGAGAACAUUCAUGAACUCUGGGUAAUGAACAAGAUUGAGCUUGGCUGGACAUAUGGAUCAGUCAGAGAUGACAACAAAAGACAACACCCGUGUCUGGUGGAGUUCUGCAAGCUGCCGGAGCAAGAGAGGAAUUACAACUUACAGAUGUCUCUCGAGACGCUCAAGACACUUCUUGCUUUAGGCUGCCAUGUAGGAAUUGCUGAUGAGCAUGCAGAGGAAAAAGUGAAGAACCUCAAGCUCCCCACUAAGUCGUCCACCCACACGACCGGGGGUACCACCCUUAUGGUGAUAUACACUAUAUCUGUCCGCGACUACCCCACCCCCACAGAGGGGGAUGAGGGGGGUUGGAGAAUGGAUGUGAAGAACAGAAGAAACCCUCGUCUUGUCCCCUACGCUCUUCUGGAUGAACGGACUAAAAAGUCCAACAAAGACAGUCUGAGACAGGCGGUGCGCACUCUCCUGGGGUACGGGUACAAUCUGGAGGCUCCGGACCAAGACCAUGCUGCAAGAUCUGACAUCGGCAGUAUUUCAGCAGAGAGGUUCCGCAUUUUUCGUGCUGAGAAGACCUACGCUGUGAACGCUGGCAAGUGGUACUUUGAGUUUGAAGCAGUGACUGCUGGGGAGAUGCGCGUCGGCUGGGCAAGGCCCGGAUGCCUGCCAGAUCAAGAGCUGGGCUCAGAUGACCAGGCCUUUGUGUUUGAUGGUUUCAAGGCUCAGCGGUGGAACCAGGGUAAUGAGCACUUUGGUCGCUCCUGGCAGGCUGGAGAUGUUGUCGGCUGUAUGGUAGACUUGAACGAGCACACCAUGAUGUUUACAUUGAAUGGUGAAGUCCUACUUGAUGAUUCGGGUUCAGAACUUGCUUUCAAGGACUUUGAAGUUUUGCAAGGUUUUAUUCCGGUAUGCAGUCUCGGAGUUUGUCAGGUGGGCAGGAUGAAUUUUGGGAAGGAUGUCAGCAUCCUGAAGUACUUCACAAUCUGUGGAUUACAAGAAGGCUACGAACCCUUUGCUGUCAAUAUGAACAGGGAUAUUACCAUGUGGUUAAGCAAAAGGCUGCCUCAGUUCAUCCCUGUCCCUUCAGACCACGAGCACAUCGAGGUGACGAGAAUAGAUGGGACCAUUGACAAUUCUCCAUGUUUGAAGGUCACUCAGAGGUCAUUUGGAUCUCAAAACAGCCACACUGACAUUUUUUUCUACCGUCUGAGCAUGCCGGUGGAGUGUGCAGAGAGCUUCACUAGAACAGCAGGGGGCAGUCUAAGCAGCAGCUUCUUCUCACCAAAGAAGGACCUUGAAGAUUUUGAUGCAGACUCUGACUUUGAAGUCCUCAUGAAAACUGCCCAUGGGCACUUGGGCUCCAUCGGGCCAGAGAAAGAGAAGGAAAGUUUGAAGGACGAGUUCAACAAUCAUAAAGAUUACACACAAGAGAAACCGUCUCGACUGAAACAGAGGUUCAUGUUGAAAAGAACAAAGCCAGACUACAGCACAAAUCACUCUUCAGCACGUCUCUCUGAAGAUGUACUUGCAGGUGACAGAGAUGACUAUGAAUACCUAAUGCAAACGUCAACGUACUAUUAUUCUGUGAGAAUCUUCCCAGGUCAGGAGCCUACGAAUGUCUGGGUUGGAUGGGUUACCUCUGAUUUUCACCAGUACGACCAAGCCUUUGAACUGGAGAAGAUUCAGACAGUGACUGUCACGCUGGGGGAUGAAAAGGGGAAGGUCCAUGAAAGUAUCAAGCGCAGCAACUGCUACAUGGUGUGGGCAGGAGAGAGCACCAGUCCAGGACAAGGCCGCAAUAAUAAUGGGUUGGAAAUAGGCUGCUUGGUGGAUACUUCCGCUGGCUUACUGACAUUCACUGCCAAUGGCAAAGAGAUGAGUCUUUACUAUCAGGUGGAGCCUAGCACCAAGCUAUUCCCUGCAGUGUUUGCUCAGGCAACCAGUCCCAAUGUUUUUCAGUUUGAACUUGGAAGGAUAAAGAAUGUAAUGCCUCUCUCAGCGGGCCUUUUUAAAAGUGAGCGUAAAAACCCCACUCCGCAGUGCCCACCCCGGUUGCAUGUGCAGUUUCUGACCCCUGUUCUCUGGAGUCGGGUACCAAACCACUUCCUCAAGGUGGAGACCUCCAGGGUCAGCGAGCGGCAUGGCUGGCUGGUGCAGUGCUCAGAGGCACUCCAGUUCAUGUGUCUGCACAUUCCAGAGGAAAACAGGUCUGUUGAUAUCCUGGAGCUCACAGAACAAGAGGACCUGCUAAAAUUCCACUACCACACACUUCGCCUGCACUCAGCUGUCUGCGCACUGGGAAACAACAGGGUGGCCCACGCCCUGUGCAGCCACUUGGACGAGGCUCAGCUCCUGUAUGCCAUUGAAAACAAGUAUAUGCCAGGCUUGCUCAGGACAGGCUACUAUGACCUACUCAUUGACAUCCACCUCAGCACUUAUGCUACAGCCCGCCUCAUGAUGAACAAUGAAUACAUUGUCCCCAUGACGGAGGAAACCAAAAGCAUCACCCUGUUCCCAGAUGAGAAAAAAAAACAUGGGCUUCCAGGUAUAGGUCUCAGUACCUCUCUCAGACCCAGGAUGCACUUCUUCUCGCCCAGUUUUGUGAGUGUUAGCGGGGAUUACUUCCAAUACAGCCCCGAGUUCCCCCUGGAGAUACUAAAGACUAAAACCAUUGAAAUGCUGACAGAGGCUGUACAGGAAGGCAGCCUUCACGUGCGGGACCCUGUGGGGGGCAGCACCGAAUUUCUCUUUGUGCCCCUUAUUAAGCUGUUUUACACUUUGCUCAUAAUGGGUGUCUUCCACAAUGGGGACCUAAAGAACAUCCUACAGCUCAUUGAGCCCAGCGUCUUCUCUGAGGAGACAAGCCAGGAGGAGGUUGAGGAUCCAGAGUCUGAUGGGAUCAAAGGAGUGCUGAGGAUAGAAGGCCUGGGAGGAGAAGAGGAACUCAAGUCUGAGAAAGUCCCCAAAGAAGGUUUGCUGCAGAUGAAGCUUCCGGAGCCAGUAAAACUCCAGAUGUGCCAUUUGCUACAAUAUCUGUGUGACUGCCAGGUGCGCCAUCGCAUUGAGGCUGUUGUGGCAUUUUCAGAUGACUUUGUAGCCAGCCUCCAGGAUAACCAGCGUUUCCGCUACAAUGAAGUGAUGCAGGCUUUAAACAUGUCUGCAGCGCUGACUGCCAGAAAAACUAAAGAAUUCCGCUCUCCUCCUCAGGAACAGAUAAACAUGCUGCUGAAUUUCAAAGAUGAAAAGCAAGACUGCCCAUGCCCUGAAGAUAUUCGUGAGCUGCUGCUCGACUUCCAUGAAGACCUAAUGACUCAUUGUGGUAUUGAACUCGAUGAUGAUAAAGCUAAUGAAGGAGACUGUGAUUUCACCAUAAGAGGUCGCCUCUUGUACCUGGUAGAGAAAGUGGCCUACCUGAAAAACAAAAUGUCUGACUUGCCAAAGAAAAAAAAAGUAAAGAAGCCAAGCACUUUGCAGCAGUUAAUAUCAGAGACCAUGGUACGGUGGGCCCAGGAGUCAGUUAUAGAAGACCCAGAGCUGGUCAGAGCCAUGUUUGUGCUCUUGCACAGGCAGUACGAUGGUGUAGGAGGACAGGUGCGGGCGUUGCCCAAGACUUACACCAUCAACUCUGUCUCUGUGGAGGACACAAUAAAUCUACUGGCUUCCCUGGGACAAAUCCGCUCGUUGCUCAGCGUACGCAUGGGGAAGGAGGAGGAGAAACUAAUGAUCCAUGGCCUUGGAGAUAUUAUGAACAAUAAAGUGUUCUACCAACACCCCAACCUUAUGAGAGCCUUGGGGAUGCAUGAGACAGUGAUGGAGGUCAUGGUAAAUGUCCUUGGAGGAGGGGAAUCAAAAGAAAUCACCUUUCCUAAGAUGGUGGCCAACUGCUGUCGUUUCUUGUGCUAUUUCUGCCGCAUCAGUAGGCAAAACCAGAAGGCUAUGUUCGAUCACCUUAGUUAUUUGUUGGAAAAUAGCAGUGUUGGACUAGCAUCUCCUUCAAUGCGAGGCUCGACUCCUCUGGAUGUUGCUGCUGCUUCGGUGAUGGACAAUAAUGAACUUGCCUUAGCCUUAAGGGAGCCUGACCUAGAGAAAGUUGUGCAGUACUUGGCUGGAUGUGGUUUGCAAAGCUGCUCCAUGCUGGUUUCUAAAGGAUACCCAGAUAUUGGCUGGAAUCCUGUGGAGGGGGAGCGGUACCUAGAUUUUCUCAGAUUUGCUGUGUUCUGCAAUGGAGAGAGCGUUGAAGAGAAUGCGAAUGUAGUUGUGAGGCUGUUGAUCCGUCGGCCGGAGUGUUUUGGACCAGCUUUGCGUGGAGAAGGUGGGAAUGGUCUUCUGGCUGCCAUGGAGGAAGCCAUUAAGAUCUCAGAAGACCCUGCCAGAGAUGGACCCUCUCCGACCUCUGGAUCCAGCAGAACCCUUGACAUGUUGGAUGAAGAAGAUGAUACUAUACAUACAGGGAAUGCCAUCAUGACCUUCUAUGCUGCCCUAAUUGACCUCCUUGGCCGCUGUGCUCCUGAAAUGCAUCUUAUCCAUGCUGGAAAGGGUGAGGCCAUAAGGAUACGAGCCAUUCUCCGAUCCCUGAUUCCUAUUGAAGAUCUUGAGGGAGUCAUCAGCAUUCCGUUUCCAAUGCCAACACUAGCUAAAGAUGGUACAGUGGUGGAGCCUGACAUGUCGGCUGGCUUUUGCCCUGAUCAUAAGGCAGCCAUGGUCCUGUUCCUGGACCGAGUGUACGGAAUUGAAGAUCAGAACUUCCUUCUGCAUCUUUUGGAAGUCGGCUUUCUCCCUGACCUCCGUGCAGCUGCCUCCUUAGAUACAGCUGCCCUGAGUGCUACAGACAUGGCACUGGCUUUGAACCGGUACCUGUGCACAGCAGUAUUGCCUUUGCUCACUAAGUGUGCCCCACUGUUUGCCGGCACUGAGACCUUCGCUUCCCUCAUCGAUUCCUUAUUGCACACUGUGUACAGGCUCUCCAAGGGCUGCUGCCUCACCAAAGCCCAGAGAGACGCCAUUGAAGAGUGCCUCCUGGCUACCUGUGGCCAGUUGAGACCAUCUAUGAUGCAGCAUCUUCUCAGGAGGUUGGUUUUUGAUGUUCCUCUUUUGAAUGAACACACAAAAAUGCCCCUUAAGUUGCUGACUAACCAUUACGAGAGAUGCUGGAAGUAUUACUGCCUGUCUGGAGGAUGGGGGAACUUUGGAGUGGCCUCCGAGGAAGAACUUCACCUGUCCAGAAAGUUGUUCUGGGGAAUAUUUGAUGCCCUGUCCCAGAAGAGGUAUGAGCAGGAGCUGUUUAAGCUGGCUCUCCCCUGCCUGAGCGCUGUGGCCGGGGCACUGCCUCCAGAUUACAUGGAGUCAAACUACGUGGCCAUGAUGGAGAAUCAGUCCUCGAUGGACGCUGAGGGAAACUUCAACCCACAACCUGCUGAUACCUUAAACGUAAAUGUUCCGGAAAAACUGGAUUACUUCAUUAACAAAUAUGCAGAACAUUCGCAUGAAAAGUGGUCAAUGGACAAGUUUGUGAAUGGUUGGGUUUAUGGAGAGCCCCUUUGUGAGACUACCAAGGUCCACCCUCUACUGAAACCAUACAAACUACUUGUGGAGAAGGAGAAGGAGGUGUACCGAUGGCCUAUUAAGGAGUCUUUGAAAACAAUGCUUGCCUGGGGGUGGAGCAUUGAGAGGACAAGAGAAGGGGAUGCCAUGGGCUUGCAUAACCGGGCACGUAGAAUAUCACAGUCCAGUCAGAUUUCCAUAGACACUGCACAUGGUUAUAGUCCACAACCAAUUGACAUGAGCAAUGUGACACUGUCCAGAGAUCUGUAUUCAAUGGCAGAGCUUCUGGCUGAGAACUACCACAACAUAUGGGCAAAAAAGAAAAAACUAGAGCUGGAAGCCAAAGGAGGAGGGAGCCAUCCUUUGCUGGUGCCCUAUGAUACAUUAACAGCCAAAGAAAAAUCCAAAGACAGAGAAAAAGCACAAGAGAUCCUCAAGUUCUUUCAGAUAAAUGGAUACACUGUUUCAAGAGGUCUGAAAGAAAUUGAAUUAGACACACCUUCAAUUGAGAAACGCUUUGCCUACAGCUUCCUACAGCAGCUCAUCAGAUAUGUGGACGAGGCACAUCAGCAUAUGCUGGAGUUCGAUAUUUGCACUCCGGGUAAAGGGGAAAAGAUUCCUCAUGAGCAAGAAAUCAAGUUUUUUGGGAAGGUUGUUCUUCCAUUAGUUGAUCAGUACUUCAAGAAUCACCGCCUCUACUUUCUGUCCACUGCGAGUCGACCGCUUAGCAGUGGAGGCCAUGCAUCCAACAAGGAGAAGGAGAUGGUAACAAGCCUGUUCUGCAAACUUGGAGUUCUUGUCAGACAUAGGAUAUCACUGUUUGGAAAUGAUGCUACAUCUAUAGUGAACUGUCUUCACAUAUUGGGCCAAACUCUGGAUGCUAGGACUGUAAUGAAGACUGGCUUGGAGACGGUAAAGGCGGCUUUGCGGGCGUUUUUUGAAAAUUCAGCUGAGGACCUGGAGCAGACGAUGGAGAAUUUAAAACUCGGCCAGUUCACCCACACCAGGACUCAGCCCAAAGGAGUCACCCAGAUCAUCAACUAUACCACCGGUGCCCUCCUGCCUGUCCUGUCCUCGCUGUUUGAGCACAUUGGGCAGAACCAGUUUGGUGAAGACCUCAUAUUAGAUGAUGUUCAGGUAUCAUGCUACAGGAUACUUGGCAGUUUGUAUGCACUGGGCACUAGCAAAAGUAUUUAUGUAGAAAGGCAGCGGCCAGCACUUGGAGGAUGUCUUGCUGCCUUUGCCGUUGCCUUCCCAGUAUCGUUUAUGGAGCCUCACUUGAACAAGCAUAACACCUAUUCCAUAUACAACACCAAAGGGUCAAGAGAAAGAGCAGCUCUGAACUUGCUCGCCCGGGUUGAGGAAGUAUGUCCGAACAUCCCAUCCCUGGAGAAAUCCUUGGAGGAGAUCAUGGAGCUGGCUGAGUCUGGGAUUCGGUACACCCAGAUGCCCCACGUGAUGGAGGUGGUGCUGCCCAUGCUGUGCAGUUACAUGUCUCAUUGGUGGGAACACGGCCCUGAAAACAACCCAGAGAAAAUGGACAUGUGCUGCACAGCGCUGACAUCGGAACACAUGAACACACUGCUGGGGAACAUUCUGAAGAUCAUCUACAACAACCUAGGCAUCGAUGAGGGAGCCUGGAUGAAGCGACUGGCAGUGUUUUCCCAGCCAAUCAUUGGCAAAGCCAAGCCACAGCUCCUGAAGACCCACUUCCUGCCCUUGAUGGAGAAGCUGAAGAAGAAGGCUGCGAUGGUGCUGCUGGAUGAGGAGCACAUGAAGGCAGAGGUGCGAGGGGACAUGUCUGAGGCGGAGCUGCUCAUUCUCGAUGAGUUCACCAUCCUCGCCCGGGAUCUCUACGCCUUCUACCCGCUCCUCAUCAGAUUCGUAGAUUACAACAGAGCAAAGUGGCUAAAAGAACCCAACCCAGAGGCAGAAGAAUUAUUUCGCAUGGUGGCUGAAGUGUUCAUAUUCUGGGCAAAAUCCCACAAUUUCAAAAGGGAAGAGCAGAACUUUGUGGUCCAGAAUGAAAUCAACAACAUGUCUUUUUUGAUCACCGACACCAAGUCGAAAAUGUCAAAGGGUGCAGUUUCAGAUCAGGAGAGAAAGAAGCUAAAACGAAAGGGAGACCGCUAUUCUCUACAGACCUCACUCAUUGUAGCUGCACUAAAGAGACUGCUUCCUGUGGGUUUAAAUAUCUGUGCACCUGGAGAUCAAGAACUUAUUGCGUUGGCAAAGAACAGAUUCAGUUUGAAGGACACAGAGGAUGAAGUAAGAGAUAUUAUUCGUAAUAAUCUGCAUCUUCAGGGAAAGCUAGAGGAUCCUGCUAUAAGGUGGCAGAUGGCUCUGUACAAAGACUUGCCUAACAGAACAGAUGACACAUCGGACCCUGAGAAAACAGUGGAGCGUGUGUUAGAUAUAGCACACGUGUUGUUUCAUCUUGAGCAGGUUGAACACCCUCAGAGAAGCAAGAAGGCUGUGUGGCACAAGCUGCUGUCCAAGCAAAGGAAAAGGGCAGUGGUGGCCUGUUUCAGGAUGGCACCUUUGUAUAAUUUGCCAAGGCAUCGGGCUGUGAACCUCUUCCUACAAGGAUAUGAGAAGUCUUGGAUUGAAACAGAGGAACAUUAUUUUGAAGACAAACUAAUUGAGGAUUUAGCUAAACGAGGAGUAGAAGAACCCCCAGAAGAAGAUGAGGGAACAAAACGAAUCGACCCUCUAAACCAGCUCAUCUUACUGUUUAGUAGGACUGCACUGACUGAGAAGUGUAAACUGGAGGAAGACUUCCUUUAUAUGGCCUAUGCUGACAUCAUGGCAAAGAGCUGUCAUGAUGAAGAAGAUGAAGAUGGAGAAGAAGUGAAAAGUUUUGAAGAAAAAGAAAUGGAAAAGCAGAAGCUUCUUUACCAGCAGGCCAGGCUUCAUGACAGAGGGGCGGCAGAGAUGGUGCUGCAAAUGAUUAGUGCCAGCAAAGGUGAAAUGGGUCCAAUGGUAGCAUCUACUUUGAAGCUUGGAAUUGCCAUAUUAAAUGGUGGAAAUUCUACAGUACAGCAGAAAAUGCUUGACUAUCUGAAGGACAAAAAGGAUGUUGGCUUCUUUCAAAGCCUUGCUGGUCUCAUGCAAUCUUGCAGCGUUCUUGACCUCAAUGCUUUUGAAAGACAAAACAAAGCAGAAGGUCUUGGGAUGGUUACAGAGGAAGGAUCAGGAGAAAAGGUGAUGCAGGAUGAUGAAUUUACUUGUGACCUCUUUCGCUUUCUUCAGCUGCUUUGUGAAGGACACAACUCAGACUUUCAGAAUUAUCUGAGGACUCAGACAGGAAACAACACCACAGUGAAUAUUAUAAUAUCUACAGUUGAUUACCUACUGCGAGUUCAGGAAUCUAUCAGUGACUUCUACUGGUAUUACUCUGGGAAAGAUGUGAUUGAUGAGCAAGGACAGCGCAAUUUCUCCAAGGCAAUUAAUGUGGCCAAACAAGUUUUCAACACACUUACAGAAUACAUCCAGGGCCCAUGCACUGGAAACCAGCAGAGUCUUGCACACAGCAGACUGUGGGAUGCGGUGGUUGGGUUUCUUCACGUGUUUGCACACAUGCAAAUGAAGUUAUCCCAGGACUCCAGUCAAAUUGAGUUACUGAAAGAGUUAAUGGACCUCCAAAAAGACAUGGUAGUUAUGUUGUUGUCAAUGUUAGAAGGUAAUGUGGUCAAUGGAACCAUUGGUAAACAGAUGGUUGACAUGUUAGUAGAGUCCUCGAACAAUGUGGAAAUGAUUCUGAAGUUCUUUGACAUGUUCCUCAAGUUAAAAGACUUGACGUCAUCCGAUACAUUUAAAGAGUAUGAUCCUGACGCUAAAGGCGUGAUCUCAAAGAGGGACUUUCACAAGGCCAUGGAAAACCACAAACACUACACCCAGUCAGAAACAGAAUUCCUUCUCUCUUGUGCAGAGACAGAUGAGAACGAGCUGCUGGACUACGAGGAGUUUGUGGAAAGGUUCCACGAACCAGCCAAAGACAUUGGCUUCAAUGUUGCUGUCUUGUUGACCAAUCUGUCUGAGCACAUGCCUCACGAUACCCGGCUGCAGACUUUUUUGGAACUUGCUGAGAGCGUGCUUAAUUACUUCCAGCCUUAUCUUGGUCGUAUUGAGAUCAUGGGCAGUGCCAAACGUAUAGAGCGUGUCUACUUUGAAAUCAGUGAGUCCAGUCGAACGCAGUGGGAAAAGCCACAGGUGAAGGAGUCCAAGAGGCAGUUCAUCUUUGAUGUGGUGAAUGAGGGAGGGGAGAAGGAAAAAAUGGAACUCUUUGUAAACUUUUGUGAGGACACCAUAUUUGAAAUGCAGCUAGCUGCUCAGAUCUCUGAGUCCGAUACAGGCGAGAGGUCUUCCAGCAAGGAGGAGAAUGAGAAGGACAAGCAUGAAGAGGAAAAUCCAGAAAUGGGGUUCUUCUCCAUCAUUACAAUGCGCACAGCUCUAUUUGCAUUGAGGUACAACGUGAUGAUGCUCAUGAAGUUGCUUUCCAUGAAGAGCCUUAAAAAGCAGAUGAAGAAGAUGAAGAAGAUGACUGUGAAAGACAUGAUCAUGACCCUCAUCUCAUUCUACUGGAGCACAUUGCUGGGACUUUUCCAUUUCACAUUUAGCGUGUCAAGGGGCUUCUUUCGCAUCAUGUACAGCACUUUUCUCGGAGGAAGUCUGGUGGAAGGAGCCAAAAAAAUUAAAGUGGCUGACCUCUUAGCCAAUAUGCCUGAUCCAACCCAGGAUGAGGUCCGUGGGGAAGACGAGGAAAUCGAGAAGAAGCACCCUGACACAGCACUGCCAUCUGAAGACCUAGCAGACUUAGCAGUUGCCUCUGAUGAUGGUGACCUCCUUUCAGACAUUUUUGGGUUAGAUUUAAGACGAGAAGGUGGACAAUAUAUACUUAUGCCUCAUAAUCCGAAUGCUAGUCUGAGCGAGCUAAUUACCUCACCCUCUCCUCUGCUUCCAACACCCUCACCUUUGCUGCGAAGACGACACCAGGGUGAGGGGGUCAAAGAAGAAGAAAGAGAAGAAAAAGAAGAAAAUAAGUCUGAACCAGAAAAGGCAGAAGGGGAAGAUGGCGAGAAGCAGGAAAAGCCAAAGGAAGUGAAGCCAAAACAAAAAAUUAGGCAGCGCCAUGCCCUGAAAGCAGAUGAGCCAGAAAUACAAGAAUCUGCGUUUUUGAAGAAAAUUCUAGCAUAUCAACGAAAGCUGCUUAAUUACUUUGCGCGCAACUUCUAUAACAUGAGGAUGCUGGCUCUGUUUGUUGCCUUUGCAAUCAACUUCAUUCUACUUUUCUACAAGGUGUCCACCUCCUCAGCGGUAAUUGAAGAAAAGGGGGUUGUUUACACGGCCACUGAGGAAAGAAUCCCAAGGUGGAAUGCCAUGGACAGUGAGCCUCACAAAAUUGUCACGGUUCAUUUUGUGCUGGAGGAGAGCAGUGGCUACAUGGAGCCCACGCUGAGAAUACUCGCUAUUCUACACACAGUCAUCUCCUUUUUCUGUAUAAUAGGAUAUUACUGUUUAAAAGUUCCUCUGGUUAUUUUUAAACGAGAAAAAGAGGUGGCACGGAAGUUGGAGUUUGAUGGACUCUACAUCACAGAGCAACCAUCAGAAGAUGACAUCAAAGGGCAGUGGGACAGACUUGUAAUUAAUACUCAGUCUUUUCCAAAUAAUUAUUGGGACAAAUUUGUAAAACGAAAGGUCAUGGAUAAAUAUGGAGAGUUUUAUGGCCGGGACAGGAUCAGUGAGUUACUGGGAAUGGACAAAGCUGCUCUUGACUUCAGUGAUUCACAAGAGAAAAAGAAGCCAAAGAAAGACAGUUCAUUGUCAGCAGUACUGAAUUCCAUUGAUGUCAAAUAUCAAAUGUGGAAAUUAGGGGUAGUAUUCACAGACAAUUCUUUCCUCUACCUAGCCUGGUACAUGACCAUGUCGGUGCUUGGGCACUACAAUAAUUUUUUUUUUGCUGCACAUUUACUGGAUAUAGCUAUGGGAUUCAAAACAUUACGGACCAUUCUCUCAUCAGUUACACACAACGGCAAACAGCUGGUGUUAACAGUGGGGUUGCUGGCUGUCGUUGUCUACUUGUACACGGUAGUAGCUUUUAAUUUCUUCCGCAAAUUCUACAACAAGAAUGAAGACGGAGACACCCCUGAUAUGAAAUGCGACGAUAUGCUCACCUGUUACAUGUUUCACAUGUACGUUGGCGUCCGUGCUGGCGGUGGCAUUGGUGAUGAGAUCGAAGACCCAGCAGGAGACGAGUAUGAGAUCUAUAGGAUCAUUUUUGACAUCACCUUCUUCUUCUUUGUAAUUGUCAUUCUGCUGGCCAUCAUUCAAGGUUUAAUUAUUGAUGCCUUUGGUGAAUUACGAGACCAACAGGAACAAGUCAAAGAAGAUAUGGAGACCAAGUGCUUCAUCUGUGGGAUUGGCAAUGACUACUUUGACACGGUACCCCAUGGCUUUGAAACUCACACACUGCAGGAGCACAACUUGGCAAACUAUCUUUUUUUUGUGAUGUAUCUCAUUAACAAGGACGAAACAGAGCACACAGGCCAGGAAUCAUAUGUUUGGAAAAUGUACCAGGAACGCUGCUGGGAAUUCUUUCCAGCUGGAGACUGCUUUCGCAAACAGUAUGAAGACCAGCUGAACUGAAUACAGACUUUUAUUAUUUCUUACAGCAACACAAAGAAGAAACAUCACUUUCAAACUUCCAUCGGAAUGCGUUUCGGACUUUGUAUAUAUCGAAUACCUCUAUAUCGUACACUGUGUGCUUUUGGAGCACAAGAGCUGUGUUUUGAUGACUUUAUGCUUCAUCUAUACAUCUGCUUAAAAGAAAACUCACCUUGAAAAGCAAAAACACAAAACAAACACAUUGAUUUGAAACUGUGUAUGGAGACUUACAGCAAAUUUAUUUUGAGAGCACAUGUAUAAAAAAGGCAAUUAUCUUGCUCAUCCUAAGUUUCUUUAUUUCUUCAUCAGGAAUGGGAUUGUAUAUUUUGUAGUGUAGAGUGGGGAUCUGAUAAUAGACAGAGGGCAGUGAUGGGGAAAUAGUGCCUUACUAAGCAUGGGUUGAGCUAUGCAAGUGAAAGGGGUCGCAAGCAUGACUGUCACAAAACCAAUUAUUGCUGGAAGUAUAGACUUUCUGUUGAACUGCUGUCAAGUGUGUCUGUGUGUGUGUGUGUUUCAGGACAAAUGUAAGCAAUCCAUAUCAAGCUCAGUCAUCACUUUCUAGUUCUUUAGCUGUUUCUGAUUUUGGUAAUGCUCUUAUGCAAUACAGCAACAGAGUUGAUCUUUGUAUAAAAGAGUCAAUCAAAAAAUCUUUAAAAAAGAUGUUUCGUUGCAUGUUUAUUAUGCAAGUUUAACAAAAAAAAUAAAAAUAAAAAGAAAGAUGCAACUUGAUCUGUGUCACACAAAAUGUUUUAUAGGUUUAAAAUUAUUGAUAUCUCUAUAGUAACAAAGUGUUGUGGGCUUUAUUGUAAAUUCCAAAACAAUGUCAUCAGCCAAUAAUGCAUAAUGGUAUACGAUCUGAUUGUUGUCUCUUCAUUUUGUGUAUUAAAUAGUGUAGUUAGGGAUUAUUUGUUGACUCAGUUUGAUUGAAGCUGAAGCAAUACCCAUUCAGGGAUUUCAUCAGACACGAUUGUAAAGCAACAAUGUGUAGAAUACUACAUUUUGAAUUGUUUUCAAUUGUAAUGCCAAUCUUUGCAAAUAAAACAUUCAGAAUAAAA